UAUCGGUUAGUUCAACAGAGGAAAAGGUGGCGCCCCCCAGCUUCUUGUAGGUCCGAUUAGGUCCCUUCCUGUAGUUUCCCAGACGUGAUGGCGUUCAGGAGGUUGACUCCGGCGCUGAGCAGGGCGGCCAAGACAUUUCGGGAAGCCGAGCACGGAGUUAAAUUUAAUUCUUCUGUUCCCAAUUCCAUACCUCUUCCUGAUGAAGUGGAUACAAAAGAAAAUGAGAUUGUUGCUCCUGAGUUCACAAAUAGGAACCCACAUAAUUUAGAAAGAUUGGCUAUAGCAAGAAAGGAUCUAGGUUGGAAAACCUCAUGGCCAAAACGGGAUUAUUGGUACAGGUUACGAUUUGAAAAAACCCAAAAACAUGUGGAAGGCUACAUUGAACAUUGCAGCGGUCAUAUUGUAGUCUCUGCUUCCACUCGCGAGUGGGCUAUUAAGAAGCAUCUUUAUAAAACAACCGGUGUGGCAGCAUGUGAGAAUGUGGGACGUGUAUUAGCACAACGUUGUCUCGAAGCUGGAAUCAACUUUGUAGAUGACAAGGCUACAAUUCCAUGGGAAAAACAUGGCGAAGGGCUGAAACGUUUCAAACAGGCUAUGACUGAAGGUGGUGUUGAACUGACAGAACUUGAAAGAAUUUAUAAUAAAUAUGGUGACAAGCUGCCCAAAGAAGUACAGCCUCAGAAUCCUGCAAUUCCAUCCUUGGAGAACAAUAAAUCACACAACGCUCUUAAUACAUAAUACUGUGUAAUCUUUUUAUAUUAAAUAAAAAUCCAACAGAUGUACAA